UGCCAUUUGUAUAAUUUUAGUUCUUUCCAAUUAUCAGAUUCUUCCUAAGGAAUCAUUUUCCCAUUUGUUUUUCUGGAAUUAUAGAGAGAAAGAGAAAGUCUCUUUAUAAUCCCGGUUCGUUCUUCUUUCUUUAAUUACGAGAAACCUAGGUUUUUUUUUUUUGUUCUGUUUCGUGUGUGGGGUUCCGGGAGCUGCGUUUGAUGAUAAUGUUGGACAUCAUCUCAAACCAGCUCCGUCUCUGAAUCCAUUUUUGUUAUAUUAAUUACGUUCAAGAUCAUCAUCAUCAUCAUCACGAGUUUAUAAAGGAAAAUGAGGUGUUUCUCUUGUCUCAACACGCAAACUAAUGACAUGAGAAUCAACAUUGAUACCCUCUCCGACCUAACCGAUUAUUCCUCAGUUGCCACAAGAAACGAUCCAAGAGGGACAGGGUCAAAAUCUGGCAUUUUAGUUAAUGGGAAAGUGAAUAGCCCUAAACCGGGAGGUGGCGCUCGGAGUUUCACGUUCAAGGAGUUAGCCGCCGCCACCAAGAAUUUCCGGGAGGUGAAUAUGAUUGGAAAAGGAGGCUUUGGGAGCGUCUACAAGGGACGUUUAGAUUCAGGACAAGUGGUGGCGAUCAAGCAAUUAAAUCCAGAUGGGCAUCAAGGAAAUCAAGAAUUCAUAGUUGAGGUCUGCAUGCUUAGCGUCUUUCAUCAUCCAAAUCUUGUAACUCUAAUCGGUUACUGCACUUCUGGUGCUCAGAGACUUUUGGUUUAUGAAUACAUGCCAAUGGGUAGCUUAGAAGAUCAUCUUUAUGAUCUUGAGCCUGAUCAGAUUCCGCUAAGCUGGUAUACCCGAAUGAAAAUCGCGGUUGGUGCUGCUCGUGGGAUUGAGUAUCUUCAUUGUAAAAUAAGCCCAUCUGUGAUUUACCGUGAUUUGAAAUCCGCAAACAUUUUGUUAGAUAAAGAAUUUAGCGUCAAACUCUCUGACUUUGGACUCGCCAAGGUCGGUCCUGUGGGGAACCGGACACAUGUGUCCACUCGAGUCAUGGGUACUUACGGAUACUGUGCUCCAGAAUAUGCAAUGAGCGGAAGAUUAACCAUUAAGUCGGAUAUCUAUAGCUUCGGUGUAGUGUUGCUUGAACUGAUUUCUGGCAGGAAGGCCAUUGAUUUGAGUAAACCAAACGGAGAGCAGUACCUUGUUGCUUGGGCUCGACCGUAUCUCAAGGAUCCUAAGAAAUUUGGACUUCUAGUUGACCCGUUGCUACGGGGAAAGUUCUCGAAGAGGUGUCUUAACUACGCGAUUGCUAUAACCGAGAUGUGCCUAAAUGACGAAGCGAAUCACCGGCCAAAAAUAGGAGAUGUGGUGGUGGCAUUUGAGUACAUAGCCUCUCAGAGCAAAUCUUAUGAAGAUCGAAGAGCGGCUCGCAAGUCUACGGACUCUAACCGGUUAAGAGGGGAAACAAAACAGAGUUACUAAAUUGUAUUUCAUAAGUGAAACCUCUGCUAGUAUCAGAAGGUUCCUGAUAAGGCCGCAUAAAUAAUGUUUUGUGCUUUUUUUCUGGGUGUUUUUGUUUAGUCAGCCUUUUAAGAAUGGGAUUUGGUCGGAUAAAGAGAGUUUUUUUGGCUCGAAGUAUAUGUUGCUUUGUAAAAAACUAAAAACUAAAAAUGAACUCUUAAGUUCAUAUAUAUAUAUAUAGGUACAUACGAUGUUA